AUCGACGAAGAAGAAGGAAAAGAAGGAAGUGUGGAUUAUCCCAGCUUCCGGUUGCAGAGUCGAACAACCAGCACCAAAAUGGCGAAGAUCGCCAAAACGCACGAAGAUAUUGAGGCCCAGAUCCUGGAGAUCCAGGGGAUGAAGGCCACCCUGCUGGAGGAAGGAGAUCAGGGAGUCGGCCUUGAUUCGACUGGAUUUUUUGACCAGGAGAUCUAUGGAGGAAGUGACAGUCGUUUUGCUGGAUAUGUCACAUCUAUUGCGGCAAAUGAACAGGAGGAAGAUGAAGAAGAAGAUUCAUCAACAAGCUUACUGGGACAGAAGAAGCCAGGGUACCAUGCACCAGUGGCAAUUCUCAAUGCCAUUCCUCAGCCAGACGAGCAAUAUGACCCAUUUGCAGAGCAUCGUCCUGCGAAGAUCGCUGAGCGUGAAGAUGAAUACAAAGCACGACGCAGACAGAUGAUCAUCUCACCUGAGCGUCAUGACCCUUUUGCAGACGGGGGCAAAACACCGGACCCCAAGAUGCAGAUCAGGUCGUACGUGGACGUCAUGUUGGAGCAAAACCUGUCCAAAGAGGAGAGGGAGAUUCGUCUGCAGCUGGCAGAGAAGGCCAAAUCUGGGGACCUGAAAGUGGUCAACGGUUCCGCUGCAAGCCAAGCUGCCGCAAAACGUAAGCGUCGCUGGGACCAGACAGCGGACCAAACCCCGACUAAUACUACACCUAAAAAGAUGUCCAGCUGGGACCAGGCAGACAAUGCGUCUGAGACUCCAGGACACACCCCUGCACACACACCUUCAAACAGCCGAUGGGACGAAACCCCCGGCCGCGCUAAAGGCAGUGAAACCCCUGGAGCCACCCCGAGUACACGCAUGUGGGACCCCACCCCCAGCCACACACCUGCCGGUGCUGCCACUCCUGGCAGGGACACACCAGGCCAUGCUACACCCGGACACGGUGGAGCCACAGGAAGCGUCCGCAAGAACCGCUGGGACGAGACGCCUAAGACGGAAAGAGAGACCCCGGGACACGGGAGCGGCUGGGCUGAAACGCCACGCACAGACAGAGGAGACGAGUCGGUGGGCGACACUCCGACUCCAGGGGCCAGUAAGAGAAAGUCUCGGUGGGAUGAAACUCCUGCGAGUCAGAUGGGAUCCUCAACGCCACUUAUGACCCCGGGGAAAACUCCGAUAGGAACGCCAGCUAUGAACAUGGCCACCCCAACACCAGGUCAUCUGAUGAGCAUGACCCCAGAGCAGCUGCAGGCGUGGAGGUGGGAGAGAGAAAUCGACGAGAGGAACCGCCCUCUCACAGAUGAGGAGCUUGAUGCCAUGUUUCCAGAGGGAUACAAGGUCUUACCUCCACCCGCAGGCUACGUGCCAAUCCGAACUCCGGCUCGUAAGCUCUCAGCCACUCCCACUCCUAUCGGCGGCAUGACAGGCUUCCACAUGCAGGUCGAGGACCGCACCACCAAACAGAUGAACGACCAGCCUUCAGGAAACCUCCCCUUCCUCAAACCUGACGACAUCCAGUAUUUCGACAAGCUGUUGGUCGAGGUGGAUGAGUCCACGCUGAGCCCCGAGGAGCAGAAAGAGAGGAAGAUCAUGAAGCUGCUGCUGAAGAUAAAAAAUGGGACGCCACCCAUGAGGAAGGCUGCUCUGCGUCAGAUCACAGAUAAGGCUCGUGAGUUCGGAGCAGGACCCCUCUUCAACCAAAUCCUGCCUCUACUGAUGUCGCCAACUCUGGAGGACCAGGAGCGCCAUCUGCUAGUUAAAGUCAUUGACCGCAUUCUCUACAAACUGGACGACCUGGUUCGACCAUACGUACACAAGAUUCUGGUGGUGAUCGAGCCGCUGCUGAUCGAUGAGGACUACUACGCCCGAGUGGAAGGCAGAGAGAUCAUCUCUAACUUGGCAAAGGCUGCAGGUUUGGCUACAAUGAUCUCCACGAUGCGACCCGAUAUCGACAACAUGGACGAGUACGUGAGAAACACCACAGCCCGAGCCUUUGCCGUGGUGGCGUCCGCUCUCGGUAUUCCCUCCCUCCUGCCUUUCCUCAAAGCAGUGUGCAAAAGUAAGAAGUCCUGGCAGGCUCGGCACACAGGCAUCAAGAUCGUGCAGCAGAUCGCCAUCCUGAUGGGCUGCGCCAUUCUGCCCCACCUCCGCAGCUUGGUGGAGAUUAUUGAACACGGUCUGGUGGACGAGCAGCAGAAGGUCAGGACCAUCAGCGCCCUGGCUAUAGCUGCUCUGGCCGAGGCUGCAACUCCGUACGGUAUCGAAUCCUUUGAUUCUGUCCUCAAGCCGCUGUGGAAGGGUAUCAGACAGCACAGAGGAAAGGGUCUGGCUGCUUUCCUGAAAGCUAUCGGCUACCUGAUCCCCCUGAUGGACGCCGAGUAUGCAAACUACUACACCAGAGAGGUGAUGCUGAUCCUCAUCAGAGAGUUCCAGUCCCCUGACGAGGAGAUGAAGAAGAUUGUACUUAAGGUGGUGAAGCAGUGUUGUGGCACUGAUGGUGUUGAAGCAAACUACAUAAAGACUGAGAUCCUGCCCCCCUUCUUCAAGCACUUCUGGCAGCACAGGAUGGCUCUGGACAGACGCAACUACAGACAGUUGGUGGACACCACAGUCGAGCUGGCCAACAAGGUGGGAGCAGCAGAGAUCAUUUCUCGUAUCGUUGAUGACCUGAAAGAUGAGGCUGAGCAGUACAGAAAGAUGGUGAUGGAAACCAUUGAGAAAAUCAUGGGAAACCUGGGCGCAGCCGACAUCGACCACAAGCUGGAGGAGCAGCUGAUCGACGGUAUCCUGUACGCCUUCCAGGAGCAGACGACAGAGGACUCUGUGAUGCUGAAUGGUUUCGGCACCGUGGUUAACGCCCUCGGGAAACGCGUGAAGCCCUACCUGCCUCAGAUCUGCGGUACAGUGCUGUGGCGUCUGAACAACAAGUCUGCUAAAGUCCGUCAGCAGGCCGCUGAUCUGAUCUCACGUACAGCCGUGGUCAUGAAGACCUGCCAGGAGGAAAAGCUGAUGGGUCACUUGGGUGUGGUGCUGUACGAGUACCUGGGAGAGGAAUACCCCGAGGUGCUGGGAAGCAUCCUUGGAGCGCUGAAGGCCAUCGUUAAUGUUAUUGGUAUGCACAAGAUGACUCCACCUAUCAAAGACCUGCUCCCUCGUCUGACCCCGAUCCUGAAGAACAGACACGAGAAAGUGCAGGAGAAUUGUAUCGACCUGGUUGGCAGGAUAGCCGACAGGGGUGCUGAGUACGUGUCAGCCAGAGAGUGGAUGAGGAUUUGUUUUGAACUGCUGGAGCUGCUGAAGGCUCACAAAAAGGCGAUCCGCAGAGCUACUGUCAACACAUUUGGUUACAUCGCCAAAGCCAUUGGCCCUCACGAUGUCUUAGCCACGCUUCUCAAUAAUUUGAAAGUCCAGGAGCGUCAGAACAGAGUCUGUACCACCGUGGCCAUCGCCAUCGUCGCUGAGACUUGCUCGCCGUUCACCGUGCUGCCGGCACUCAUGAACGAAUACCGUGUCCCAGAACUCAACGUGCAGAACGGCGUGCUGAAAUCUCUCUCCUUCCUGUUUGAGUACAUCGGAGAGAUGGGCAAAGACUACAUCUACGCCGUCACACCGCUGCUGGAGGAUGCACUCAUGGACAGAGACCUGGUCCAUAGACAGACAGCGAGCGCGGUGGUCCAGCACAUGUCAUUGGGUGUCUACGGCUUCGGCUGUGAGGACUCUCUGAAUCACUUGUUGAACUACGUUUGGCCCAACGUGUUUGAGACGUCACCUCAUGUGAUCCAGGCCGUCAUGGGCGCUCUGGAGGGGCUGAGGGUCGCCAUCGGACCCUGUCGCAUGCUGCAGUACUGCUUACAGGGCCUGUUCCAUCCGGCCAGGAAGGUGCGAGACGUUUACUGGAAGAUCUACAACUCGAUCUACAUCGGCUCGCAGGAUGCCCUCAUCGCUCACUACCCGCAGGUCAACAACGACGAGAAGAACAUCUACGUGCGCUACGAGCUUGAGUACUCUUUGUAAAUACGAUUUAAUACCCUUAAUUCUUUUCUCCUCUGCACUGUCGACUGAGUCAGGUUUUAGUUUUAGCUCAUUCAGCCCUUUUUUGACGCCACCUUCCCCGACCCUGAAACGAAAACAGAGCAUGAAAACUAGGAGAAACAAAAGAAAGGGACACUGUAGAGUCUGUAUGUAUUUUUUAUUUUUACUGUUUUUUGAGUGUCUCUGCGAGGAAAGGCUGAGGUCACACUGACCUCCAUUGAAGAUUACCGAGCAGUCGUCAUCACGAUGUUUUAAAUAUUUGGAUUAUGUUUUUCUUUUUUGUGUUCGGAUCAGUCUCAUGCUCCCUUCACACACCCCCCUCCCUCAUUUCCUCUGUUCUCAUUAGGUUGCUUUAUUUAACCAAAUAAAAUGUUUGUGUAUAAAAGUCA